GCAAGCCAAAACUGGAUGUAAGAACGUCACAUGUUGUUUUCUCUCUCAGCGCAGUCACUGUGGUGUUAUUUGGUGCUUAACUGUUGCAGAUAGCGGACGGGAAUACCUGUGUCGAGUAAUGGAAUAAGUAAAGCGGAUUUUUCGGUGCUUUGGAAAAUAGCACAAAACAACUUCUCUAAAAGUAAGUGAAGCGUGCGCAUCAGAAUGGCGAGUCCUCAAACGAAUGGAGGACACUUGUUGUCUAAUGUGACCAAUAACAUUAAGAAAUGUGGAUAUCUAAAGAAACAGAAGCAUGGACACAGACGUUUUUUCGUAUUGAGAGAACCCAGCGAGAGCUUUCCUGCCCGGCUGGAAUACUACGAGAGCGAGAAGAAGUGGAAAAACAAGUCGGCUGCUAAAAGGGUAAUACUGCUGGACUCCUGUCUUUGCAUAAACAAGCGAGCGGACUCCAAGCACAAACACCUCAUCGCCUUUUACACCAAGGACGAAUACUUUGCAGUGGCAGCCGAAAACGAGCAGGAGCAGGAGAGCUGGUUUCGAGUGUUGUCGGAUUUGGUCGAAGAGGGGAAAGUCUAUGACAGCCCCGCGUCUAAUUCCACCUCUCUUUUUUGUUUUGAGGAGGCGAAUUACAAUAUGAUCACGCCGGCCACUGCCUUUUGCAAGGAGGUAUGGCAAGUGAAUUUGAAAUCCAGAGGACUGGGUCAAACAAAACAUUUGACAGGGGUGUUUAGGCUGUGUUUAUCCAGUCGGACUAUCAGCUUUGUGAAACUGAACUCGGAGGUUGCAGCUGUCAGUUUACAGCUCAUGAAUAUCCGGAGAUGUGGCCACUCAGACAGUUUUUUCUUCAUCGAGGUUGGUAGGUCGGCUGUCACUGGCCCUGGUGAGCUCUGGAUGCAGGCGGAUGACUCGGUGGUUGCGCAAAACAUCCACGAGACCAUCCUGGAGGCGAUGAAAGCCAUGAAAGAGCUGUCAGAAUCAAGACCGCGCAGCAAGAGUCAGUCGGCUAGCACCAACCCCAUUUCCGUGCCCACAAGACGCAACUUGAACAAUCUGCCCCCAAGUCAGACAGGGUUGGUGAGGAGGUCGAGAACAAACAGCAUAGUGGCCACAUCCCCAAUGAGCAAGUUCACAUCCUGUCGGAUAAGGACAGCUAGUGAGGGGGAUGGCAGCAUGGUCAGGCCAGUGUCUAUGUCAAUAUCUAUGAGCGGGAGCCCCACCAGUCCCCUCUCCAACCGGAACCCUCUUAGCAGGUCCAAUACGCUCUCCACUGGCCGCACCUGCCGGAUACUGGAGUCCAGCCUCCAGCACAGCCGCUCCAUGCCCGUCUCCAACUCCCCUCCUUCAGUCUGCAGUUCCAUCUGCCUCUCCCCCAUGAGUGGGACCCUCCCCACCCCUGAUGCGGUCCACCGCCCCUUCAGCUGCAGCGCCUCUAUCUCAGGCUCCCCCAGCGACGCAAGCUUCAUGCUAUGCAACGAGCACAGCUCCAGCCCAGGCGACACCUCCAUUCUCCUACCCCUCACUCGGAGUGACACCCACGACUCCCUCUCCAGCACUCCUCCCUCCCGGGAAGCCAACGAUCUGUGUGGCUACAUGAUUAUGGACAGGACCAAUGACCAACGGCAGGCAUGCCUGGAGGAGGACUUGACAUCGGAGAAGGCGUACAGGAAGAGAACAUACUCCCUCACCACACCACGCCAUCAGCGGGUGCCCGCCCAGCUGUCCUCUGCCUCGUUGGAUGAGUACGCCCUAAUGCGGGCUGCCCACCACACCAACAGCGGGCACCACUCCGGGCGCAGCUCCAUUUCCGCCUCCCCAAAGGUGUCCUACCCCAAAUCCAAUGGUAUCCAAGUAGGGGAUGAUGGCUAUAUGCCUAUGAUGGCGGGCGUGGCAGCACCGCCCAGGGGCAACAACAGCAAGGCAGAUGCUUACAUGCCCAUGAGUCCAAUGUGCGUCUCGGCUCCCAAGCAGAUCAUUAACCCCUUGGCCCAAAACCACCGGUACGAGGCCGGCGACCAGACCAACUCACCCAGCAGCGGAGGCUCCUUGGAGGACAGUGGUUACCUGAGGAUGUGGCGCGGCUCCAAGUCGUCCGUUGAAAGCCCAGACAGCCGCUCGACCUACAUGAACAUGUCCCCUCGCAACGCUGCUUACACCACCUCGCAGACCCCCCCGGACUACUUCCUAGACCAGCUUCCGGGUCGUGGGCCUUCCAUCACACCCAUCUACUCCACAGACUCACUGCCACGCCCCAUCAAACUCCACCAGGCUUCCAAGGAGACGGGGGACACUGGUGACCAGUACGUCCUGAUGAGCCCGCAAGGCCAUCAGUCGCUAGGUAGGGAGUCAGACGACUACUACUCAGUGAUGACCAAUCCGGCCCCGCCCAACUCCUCGGUGCCCUCGCCCAUCAGACAGAGCCGGGGGACUGACAGCCUGACAUUCCACCGGGGGAGAAUGGGGCGUCCCAACCGGCUAUCUCUGGACAGCUGUAGGAUCCUACCCAGCAUGAACGAGCACCUCUUGCCCGGGGAACCCAGGAGCCCGGGCGAGUAUAUCAACAUAGACUUCAGUGAGGGCACCAAGUACUCCCCCCCGUCAGCAUCCAAUGAGAGCCAGGAGUCGUCUCUGGGCUCCAGCGUCGGCCAGCCGAGGUCCCCUUUCUCCGACUACAUGAACCUGCACCACGUUGUCUCACACUCACCCAAGGCCGGAGACACCCCUGACGGACGGUUGGACACGGUCCCUGAGUCAUCCCUGUGCCCUUGUCCGGAUAGGGAGGGAGUGUACCGUCUCAGAUCGAAGAGGGAUUCCAAGUGCCCCCAGAGAGGCAAGGAUGAGUACACCGAGAUGACAUUUGGACUUGGAAUGGCCAACAUGCCUCCCCAGUUCCUCCCUCAGACCUCAACAAGCCCCAGUGCCAGAGAGAAGAGGCUAUCCCUGGGUGAGCAGGGCCUCCCGGGGGGCAUGGGGGUGUUCCUCCUUGGCGCGGCCACCCCCGUGGAUCCUGACAGGGCCGCCAAGGUGAUCCGGGCCGACCCCCAUGGGCGCAGGCGGCACAGCUCUGAAACCUUCUCCUCUACGGCUACCGUCACCCCCGUGUUCCCCUCGUUCGCCCAUGGGGACGCCAAACACCACAGCUCGGUGGAGAACCUGUCGGUGCGGAGCAGCGAGAGCUCAGAUGAGGAGUGUGGCAGCCCCAUGAGUAGAGAGAUCUCUGGGGGCUUCCAGAAUGGACUGAACUAUAUUGCCCUGAACCUGAUGGAGGACAGGGACCUGGAGGGGCCUUGUUGCGAAGACCUGACCACGGUCAGCUUUAAGCCGGCCAGCAGCUGCAAGGGAGCCCUCCAUGGAUUACAUGUCGCGCCGUACGUCUGUUUGGGGUUCAAGGAGGCGGUCACCUCUGUUAAAGACUGAACAGGACAGUGGACAAUCCAAGCCCUCAUCAUCCUUGCUCUGAGACGGACAGUCAUACAUUGGGGUGGCCGAGACAACCUGCUGCUGUAAAUGAAGUCAGUCUGUGCCUCGUGACCCAACAAACACCCCCGCCAUGACUAACUCUCUCGCCCAAUCCUAACACUGGUGCUGUCCCAGAGACUCUGUACUAAAAAGUAGAUGGGGGGGGGGGGGGCAGAGGCUCCUGUAUGUGGGGGGCCUCUAUAUGUAGCUAGAGGCUGUAUUUCUAGCUCUGUUUAUUUGUUUAGAAUUUUCCCUCCGGUUUUUGGUUGUGGCUCGUGGACUGUGAGUAGCCUGUUUGACCCCCAGGACAUGUGAAGCAAACCCUGGUAAGGCACAGUAUGUGUACUUAAACCCCCCCCCCCCACACACACGCACGGUAUGCAGAUAUUAUUUAUUUGCUUACAUGAGUAUGGAUGUGUCAAAGUUUGUCUGUGUGUGUAAAAAUGGACACCAUGACCGUUUCAGUAACACAUUCACUAACAAACCGUUUAAAAUAAUCCAAUCCCUACCUCAGAAAGAGCAAGGCCGCAUACUGAGAAACGUAUAGAUAUAUUUAGGUUCUAUUUAUUUUGGAAUGUUUCAUAUAGACCAACCCAAAGCCUUGUCUCUGUGGUUGUAUUUGUACUGCACAACAAAGAAUCUGAUUUAUUCUACUAUUUUCUUAAAGCAUGCUAAAAUUAAAUUAGAUUUAUCAUGAUAUAGUUGAAGUCGGAAGUUUACAUACAUUUAAAUAAAAAAUUUCACAAUUCCUGACAUUUAAUCCUAGUAAAAAUUCUCUGUCUUAGGUCAGUUAGGAUCACCACUUUAUAAGAAUGUGAAAUGUCAGAAUAAUGGUAGAGAGAAUGAUUUAUUUAAGCUUUUAUUUCUUUCAUCACAUUCCCAGUGGGUCAGAAGUUUACAUACACUCAAUUAGUAUUCGGUAGCAUUGCCUUUAAAUUGUUUAACUUGGGUUAAACGUUUCGAGUAGCCUCCCACAAGCUUCCCACAAUAAGUAGGGUGAAUUUUGGCUCAUUCCUCCUGACAGAGCUGGUGCAACUGAGUCAGGUCUGUAGGCCUCCUUGCUCGCACAUGCUUUUUCAGUUCUGCCCACAAAUAUUCUAUAGGAUUGAGGUCAGUGCUUUGUAAUGGCCACUCCAAUACCUUGACUUUGUUCUUAAGCCACAUUUUGCCACAACUUUGGAAGUAUGCUUGGAGUCAUUGUCCAUUUGGAAGACCCAUUUGUGACCAAGCAUUAACUUCCUGACGGAUGUCUUGAGAUGUUGCUUCAAUAUAUCCACCAAAUUUUCCUUCCUCAUGAUGCCAUCUAUUUUGUGAAGUGCACCAGUCCUUCCUGCAGCAAAGCACCCCCACAACAUGAUGCUGCCACCCACGUGCUUCACGGUUGGGAUGAUGUUCUUCGGCUUGCAAGACUAUCCUUUUUUCCUCCAAACAUAGCGAUGGUCAUUAUGGCCAAACAGUUCUAUUUUUGUUUCAUCAGACCAGAGGACAUUUCUCGAAAAAUUAUGAUCUUUGUCCCCAUGUGCAGUUGCAAAUCGUAGUCUGGUUUUUUAGUGGCGGUUUUGGAGCAGUGGCCUCUUCCUUGCUGAGUGGCCUUUCAGGUUAUGUUGAUAUAGGACUCAUUUUACUGUGGAUAAAGAUACUUCUGUACCUGUUUCUUCCAGCAUCUUCACAAGGUCCUUUGCUGCUGUUCUGGGAUAGAUUUGCACUUUUCGCACCAAAGUACAUUCAUCUCUAGGAGACAGAACACGUCUCCUUCCUGAGCGGUAUGACGGCUGCGUGGUCCCAUGGUGUUUAUACUUGCGUACUAUUGUUUGUACAGAUGAACAUGGUACCUUCAGGCAUUUGGACUUGUGGAGGUCUACAAUUGUUAUCUGAGGUCUUGGCUGAUUUCUUUUGAUUUUCCCAUGAUGUCAAGCAAAGAGGCACUAGGUUUGGUAGGCCUUGAAAUACAUCCACAGGUACACCUCCAAUUGACUCAAAUGAUGUGAAUUAGCCUAUCAGAAGCUUCUAAAGCCAUGACAUGAUUUUCUGGAAUUUUCCAAUCUGUUUAAAGGCACAGUCAACUUAGUGUAUGUAAACUUCUGACCCACUGGAAUUGUGAUAGUGAGUUAUAAGCAAAAUAAUCUGUAAACAAUUGUUGGAAAAUUACGUGUCAUGCACAAAGUAGAUAUCAUAACCGACUUGACAAAACUAUAGUUUGUUAACAAGAAAUGUGUGGAGUGGUUGAAAAAUGUGUUAAUGACUCCAACCUAGGAUUAUGCAAACUUCCAACUUCAACUGUGUAUGAUAUUGUGAGGAUAAUAAUAUGAUACAAUUUAAGAGGAUUUAUUACUAGUUCCAGUUAGAUGAGCAAUGCAUAUUAAAAUACAUUUAUGUAGGAAGGACGCAAAGAUGUUGGUCUGUGUACUUCCUAGUAGAAGUCAGAUCCUCAUCUAUCCCAGGCAUUUACUGUAUAUGCAAUACAUUACACAUAAUCCCUGGCUCUAACCUGAUUACAUGGUAGAACAUCUCAAUUAUAUAGUUAUGGGGGUAGAACCACAUGAUUUUGAUUCAUGGGGAUUGCCACUGCUGCGGUAAGCACGAGGAGUACCUUGUUCCAGGGUCCUGUUCAUUAGGCAUAAAAUGGACUGAAACAACCAGAGGACUUGGACUUAUAAACGUUUGGUGCCCUAAUGAACACUACCCAAUUUUCACACCUAUUUCUCAGAUUGUAAUACACUAGAGACACAUCUGAAUGUAGUAGAAAACGACAGUUGAAAAUUAAGUGGGAGGGGUAGACAUUUAUCAAUCUGUAUUAUUUAAUAUGUACUACACUUACGGUUUAUUUUCUCUGCAAAGGCCUUUUUGUGUCGAUGAUGUACAUAAGAGUUUAUCUGAAAUAGGCUGUCGAUUUUUGAGGAGAUACAUUUAGUCAUGUUGCAAUGAAAUUACUAAACAAUGUAAAGAAAAUAUUUUUCAAAACUAGAUGCUUUUGGGUUGUAAAAUGUAUGCUUUUAUCUCCUCACAGUAACUUGUGAAUACAUCUAUACUAUUUAUAAAGAGAAAUACCUUCAGUAUAUUUUGUUAUCUUUGCCUUGUCGAUAACAAUUUACCCAUCUGGCAUAUGCAAUAGUGAAAUACAUUAACUUAGUUUGGAACCAAAUGUUGAUAUAUUUGUAAAUAAAAAUUGAAUUAAGGAAACUA